GCCUCAUCUGCACUUUUCGGUAGCGUCCGCCUGCGCAUCCAGCACAAGGGCCGAGGCGGGCCCGACAGGAGUGACAAGCGCGGUACCCGAGCGGGCAUGCCGAUUCGCCGCUGGGCCGUGUUCACUCCCAAGUCACCCCAAAUAUUUCCCAAUGCCUUACUGUGUAGUUAAGGCUGCUUACCCAAUCACGCCCAGUUGAGCCUCCUCCAACGUCUUCCUGUCUCACCCAUCCAUCCAGCACCAACUACCACCACCACAGCCAACAACUCCUAAAGGUUCCCACGGAGACCUGUCAACUAUCAAACAGACUUAUUACCUCUCUCUUCCUCUCUGUGUGUCUUUAUCCAUGUUCGUGCUGCCCGUGGAAUCUUCUUGUCCGGCUGCCCAGCCCUCAUUGGAUCCAGCGCUGCUAUGAACCUUUGGGUCAGACAUACCGUCCAUACCUCCUACCCUUGCUAAACGCCCUUUUGAAAAGUAAAAAGAAAAUUAAAAAAAAUAAAAAUAAAAAUAAAGAAGGCCACCUUUGCGAAAAGAAUCACCUCGUGGGACUGGUAUACAAACACAUACGCCAAGUUCGUUCAAAUUCCAGAGUUUUUUUCGACCCUUCCCCAAGACCGGCUCCCCCCCACCAUUCGCUGAAUCCAGAUUUCCUGCCGAUCUCUUGAGACUUCCGGUUUGUCCGCCCCGUCCGCCGCUUUGUCUCGAAUACCAGCUACUUUCAAUUCAAGGAAAGCUCCCGGCCGUGUCUCACCCCUCCUCCACCCCCAAUCCUCUCCCCACCCGACCUUCACAAUCUUGUCCACUGGACUCGCCAUUCUUGAGAUUUAGCCGAACGAACCCAACUUCAGACUUUCGUUGUUUUUAAUUGCUUUUUAAAUUCAAGAUAACAAAAGGAGGAUUUGAACUCCUUGCGCUUUUGCUACGAGAAACGUCAUUUAUUUUAUUUUACUUUUAUUUAUAUAUCUCCAUAUAGAAGGAGAGAGAGAUAGGAGAUGACACAGCUUUUCACCUCCUCCGGGUCGACCGGCGGCGUGAGACAUGAGAAACGCAGCAAUUUCCCCGGCAUAUCACUAGCCACCAAGAAACACUCCUCCUCCAACGACUCCUCCCAUUUCCCUACGAAGCUGAAGAAUUUCUUCCGCAUCAACAGUUCGUCCUCCACCAAUAGCAACACCAGCACCAGCGGCGGCAAUAACAACAGCUCACAUGGCGGUGCCGCCCAGAAUGACGGCUCCUCCGGUCCGGGCAAAUCGGAGACUAAGACCACUUUCCGGCAAUCGCGUUUUCUCCCCACUAUCACUAGAAAUCGAUCGACGACGGUUGCCAGCGAAGGAAACCCGUUAGACGAAGGCAUGUCACCUACCGCCUAUGCGAAUCCGUACUUUGCUCACCAAGGAUACCCGGCCUUAAGACAUCGGAAUGACGGUAGUGUGUCCUCGGUUAAUGCUGAUACCCCGGAGUUGCAGGUGGAUGGUGUCGCGGCUAGCGAGCAGGCUACGACGGCGGGCAAGGAGGAGUUGGCGAGAAAGUUGAGAAGGGUGGCUUCCGCACCAAACGCGCAGGGCCUGUUUUCCGGUAAUAAGUCGGAUGAUAGGCCGAGGACGGCGGAGCUGGGGAAAGAACCCCUUGUGGAACAUGGUGCUACUACUGGUGGAGUUGGUGCUGGUGACGGUGCCAGGCUGAGUCUAGUUGAUGCGACGACCAAGAGUAAUUCGCUUACAGUACCUGGUGCUGACGAGUUGUCGAACCUUCCCCCGCCAAACCUGAAUCGGAAUCCCAUUGCGUUUCGGAGGACAUAUAGCUCGAAUUCCAUCAAGGUGCGGAAUGUUGAGGUUGGGCCGGGGAGCUUUGAUAAGAUCAAAUUGAUUGGGAAGGGUGAUGUGGGCAAGGUAUAUUUGGUGAGGGAGAAGAAGUCGAGCCGGUUAUAUGCGAUGAAGGUCCUGAGCAAGAAGGAGAUGAUCAAGCGGAAUAAGAUCAAAAGGGCCCUGGCCGAGCAGGAGAUUCUCGCCACGAGCAACCAUCCCUUUAUCGUCACGUUAUACCAUUCAUUCCAAUCCGAGGAUCACCUCUAUCUCUGCAUGGAGUAUUGCAGUGGCGGCGAAUUUUUCAGAGCUCUUCAAACGCGCCCUGGCAAAUGUAUUCCAGAAGACGACGCCCGCUUCUAUGCUGCAGAAGUUACUGCUGCCUUGGAAUACCUCCAUCUCAUGGGGUUCAUUUACCGUGAUUUAAAACCCGAGAAUAUCCUAUUACACCAGUCAGGACACAUAAUGCUCUCAGACUUCGACCUCUCGAAACAAUCCGGACCCGGUGGAGCCCCAACUAUGAUCAUAGGCCGCAAUGGUGCUUCUCCCACGUCAUUACCAACUAUAGACACCAAGUCAUGUAUCGCCGAUUUCCGGACAAAUUCCUUUGUAGGAACGGAGGAAUAUAUAGCACCAGAGGUUAUCAAGGGCGAUGGACAUACGAGCGCUGUCGAUUGGUGGACCCUGGGUAUCUUGAUAUACGAGAUGCUUUUUGGAACUACACCGUUCAAAGGCAAGAGUCGGAAUAGCACUUUUGCCAACAUCUUAAGGGAUGAAGUACCGUUCCCGGAGAAUUCUGGUUCGCCGCAGAUAUCGAAUAUUUGCAAAUCUCUUAUCCGCAAACUACUCAUCAAGGACGAAACCCGCCGACUAGGAGCGCGCGCAGGCGCCUCAGACGUGAAAACCCACCCUUUCUUCCGCACCACACAGUGGGCACUAAUCCGCCACAUGAAACCGCCCAUGAUCCCCCACCAAGGCCGUGCCACCGAUACGAUCAACUUCCGGAACGUCAAGGAAAGUGGUAGUGUCGAUAUCGGCGGCUCGUCAAAAGCUAAAGGGGUGCCGAUGGACUCUGGUCUUGCAACGCCAUCUGGAGAAGCUAUUGCAGAUCCGUUCGAGGACUUCAAUAGCGUCACGCUUCACCAUGACGGGGAGGAGCAUGGGCAUCAUAUGAUUGAUGAUCGUGUGCCGUCGUCGUCGAAUGGGCGGUGAAACUGAAUCCGAAGAAGUGUUUCUGCGCUGAAUUCAGAUGUUUGACAAUUACAUUCCCUGCUGGGCUUUGGUUCAGGAUCGAAUACCACGAUCUAAUACAUAUAGACAUACCGGUAUAUUUUAUUCGAACAAUUAAACUCCCGAGAAGGACGAUAUACAUCGACGCCGACGAGAUGAAGAAGAACAAAUAUCGAUCGCACGACUUCCAUUGCUUUUAUGAACAAAACUACAUCCCGCAUUUUUUUUGGUAGGUUGUUUUGUUCGCUUUCUUUUUGGAAGCAGAUGAAAUUCAUAGUGGGGGUGUUUGGAGUGCAUAUGCUUGCUUUGGACUUGAGACAGUUUUCUUUUUUGCCUGCUCAUUUUCACUUUUCGUGUUUCAUAAUUUACUUCCUGUCUUCUAUCCUGUUUUGUUUCCAUCUUUCUCUUUUUUGCUUUUUUUUUCUUUUUUUUCUUUUUUUUUCUUGCUUUUUGCCGUAUGCAUUAAGGAUUUAGCUUCCUUACCUCAGCCAUUUUCUCUUCGGCUUUUGCUGAUGCUUGAGUCGUACAUCACUUUUUCCAACAUUUCUCCUUCGUUGGGAUGCAUCCGCUUCGACUGAAGGAAAACCACACGGUAUCCCAUGUUUAUCCUUUUCAUUCCCUCAAUCUCUUCCCUUGCCUCAUAUCCCCUCUGUUCCCUGCUUUUCCCUGCUUUUCGCUGAGAAACAAAGGGAAAGGUUAAAACGCGAUUGAGUUGAGAAGGAGACAUGUAAGCUGACUGCUCCUCCAUCUUGAGGGUUUUGCAAUUCUCCUUCUACCCUUCUCGCUUCUCUCUCUAUCUCCUACUUCCGAUACCUAUUAUCCAUCUCCAAUCCAUCCGGGAACUCCUCAACUGAGGGACCACAGAUAACACGACCCCACUCCGCGGAGGCUCUUUAUUCACCAGGAGGGCUAUAUACUUUCAUUCCCUGCAUGGUAUGCUUCACUGCUUUCCUUUGAGGCCCCCGCCCCCUCCUUCCUCCGAAUGAUUAUCUUCCCAGCUUCUAUCUUUCGGUCUAUCGGUUUUGAUUAUUCCUUCCGGACCCUCCUCGCCCUCCUUGAUCCAAUGAAGGCUAUGAGAGAAAAAGUCGCGACUAUGCUGUCUCUUCCGUCGUCAAAAUAUUUCCUUCUUAUGAAUGCCAGACUUAUAGCUACACUGCGUGAGAUUUCUUUUUCUUGUCCACUGACAUUCUUGUUCCCUUUGGGCAGCCCAGCCUAUGAUAUGCUCGGGGAUAUAUGCGAAUCGAUUGCUCCGGUUCCGCAUUAUCUUACUUGCGCAAGCGGAAAUGACAAAAAAAGAGGGAGAGGGAGAGAGAGAGAGAUGACGAGAGAUGAAGUGGUUUGAGUGCCGUCGAUUUUUCUUUGCGAUUCCGAGCAUCUUUUAUCCAUGUCUGUAGAUAUUAGUUACAGCUGCUUAUAUAUAUCAUCCUAAUUUUAGAUAAUUCAUUAUAUAUUUUAGCUUUACCAUAAAUUCCAUUUAUUUCAUUAUUUACACAUUUAAUAAUUUGCUUCAUUU